AUGGCCGUAGCAAGACCAAUUGUCUGCCCAGAUCUAAAACGUGACCUUAUCCUCAAAGGCGAGCUCGCUCCAGAGGCUUGCUGCUCCUAUGGUCGAUGCCUGGGGGACGUGGUGAUAGCCAUGGCUUGA